CGCCCGCUUGUGCUGACUUGACAACCAAAAGAAACAAUCCACUGGGUGAGUGUCGACGAAUCGAGCUCACCCACAGUGUCUUCUCUCCAUGCUGAAAACGUGCAAACGUUUCAGGGCGAGGGAACCGUGGUGGACCGCAGUGAACGUGGUUUUACUGCAGCAGAUCCAGGGAGAGGAGCCUGUUUGCAUUCCUCUGCAGGUGCAAGACAAUGGAGGUGAAAAUCGAACAGCAGGACGAAGACAUUGCAUUCAGCAACAGUGACAGUAAUAGUAAACGCCCAGCUGAGGACAUGGAUGAGGAGCAGGCCUUCAAACGCUCUCGCAACACAGACGAGAUGGUGGAGCUGCGUGUGCUGCUUCAGAGCAAAAAUGCUGGUGCUGUUAUUGGAAAGGGUGGAAAGAACAUAAAAGCCUUACGCACAGACUACAAUGCCAGUGUAUCAGUCCCAGACAGCAGUGGCCCAGAGCGGAUCCUGAGUGUGAAUGCCAGCAUCGACACUAUAGGAGAGAUUCUGCUGAAAAUUAUACCAACUCUAGAGGAGUACCAGCAUUACAGCGGGAUUGAUUUUGACUGUGAGCUUCGCCUGCUGAUCCAUCAGAGCUUGGCAGGGGGUAUCAUCGGGGUGAAAGGUGCCAAGAUAAAGGAGCUGAGAGAGAACACCCAGACCACCAUCAAGUUGUUCCAGGAAUGCUGUCCACAUUCCACUGACAGAGUCGUCUUGGUGGGAGGAAAGCCAGAACGCGUCAUCGAAUGUAUAAAAGUUAUCCUGGAGCUGGUGUCAGAGGCACCAAUCAAAGGUCGAGCCCAGCCUUAUGACCCUAAUUUCUACGACGAGACGUAUGAUUAUGGAGGUUUCACCAUGUUAUUCGAGGAGAGAGGCAGACGACCCAUUGGUGGCUUCCCCAUUCGUGUGCGUGGGGGCUUUGAGCGCAUGCCCCCAGUUCGUGGCAACAGACCUAUGCCUCCCGCCAGAAGGGACUAUGAUGACAUGAGCCCCCGUCGGGGUCCCCCACCACCGCUGAGCAGAGGUGGACGAGGCGGCAGCCGAGCACGUAACCUGCCUCUUCCCCCGCCUCCGCCGCCAAGAGGAGGAGGAGACAGGUUCUCACAUGGCAGCUACCAUGGCAGCAUGGACGACAGACCAAGUGACAGAAGAGGCCGUGGAGGAGACCGUUAUGACAGCAUGAGUGGAGGUGGAUAUGACAACAAUUCUUCCUGGGAGCACUUUCAGUCCGGUGGUAGAGGAUCAUACAGUGAUAUAGGAGGCCCAGUCAUCACAACACAAGUCACCAUCCCUAAAGAUCUGGCUGGCUCCAUCAUUGGUAAAGGCGGCCAGAGGAUCAAGCAGAUCCGCCAUGAGUCUGGGGCAUCCAUCAAGAUUGAUGAACCACUAGAGGGCUCUGAGGACCGCAUCAUCACCAUCACAGGAACACAGGACCAGAUCCAGAACGCCCAGUACCUGCUGCAGAACAGCGUGAGGCAGUACUCUGGCCGGUUCUUCUAGGGAGGAGGAAGUGGAGAAGAAGAGUGAAGCCAUGCUGCCAUACUGUUUGCUCCUUCUAUUCAGAGCCUACAUUCCUCUGCUUUGGGUAGAUGUGCCCCCUCCCCUCACUAUCACACACUACACCACCUAUCUAUACAUUGCAUAUAUUAUUUAGAGGAGUUUUGAAAAAUCUUAAGCUGUCAAGCAGCAAACAAUGAGUCAACGACAUAUUUCUGUGCCGGUGUAAUUAUUUUCUGGGAGAUUAUUGUGCCGUCAUUGGAGUAAACUCAUCUGUGUGAUAUCUUUCUGUGUUGUGAGCCUCCCCUGGCCCUUAUCUCCCUCAUUUCAGUACAGCAUGCAGAAUGUAAUCUUUUUGUAAGGAACAUGAUGUGAUUUUCAGUUGUUUUGUUUUUUUUUUCCCUCCUCAAACGUUGAAGCACCCUCUCCUAAUGAAGAUGCAUGGUCUCAAGAAUGGUUAAAGAACCAUUUAAAUAAACCUUAAUUUUUACACAGCAUCCAACAUCCUUUUCCAGUUUAAAAUAAAGUGCUUUUUGUAAAAUGGCCUUUAAAGGAAUAGUUUGAUAUUUUAGGAAAUGGGCUCAUUUGCUCUCUGGUUCUGGGUUUCAGGUCAAUACCACAUACUUCCAUCGAUACCACCAGUUUAACAAAGAUAAACUUUGAGUAUGACUUUCAUGAACCUAAUAGUCAGACAUCAGACACUAAAUUCAUCCAUUACACAAAGCUGCCUAGUUCAUCAUCAUUUCGUCAACAUAAUUUGAUUAAUCACUAAUGUAUUAGACAUUUGCACCACUCAAGCACAAUAUCAGCCAUGACGAAUCUUCCAUCUGCCAUCUUGUGGCCUUGUCUUGAAGGCCGCUGUAAAACCCUUGGUUCCCAGUUGUCGCAGUUUCUGCUCAAAAAUGAGUCAAAUUUGAAGACAAUACAGUGUUAAAUGUUCCUGAGAAUGAUCUGAUCUUAAGCUUUUUAUUCAGCAUCAGAGCAAACCAGUGAUAGUUGACACUGCCAACAGGACCUGCUAAUAUGUAGUGAAUUGGGUGUACCUAAUUUCCAAAAUGCAGGCAAAUAGAUGCUUUUAAACAAUGAGUGCUGAAGUUUAGCCUACAGCAUAAUUCAAAUGAAUCCAGGCCUGUUUCUUAUAAAAGUUAUAUAAAAGACAUUUAUUGUUUAAAUCAUUUAAUUAUACUAAGAAUUAAGCUCAUAGCUGGACAAACGCCCCUCUCUUAAAUGGAAAAUUAAAAUUGGGUUACAUUUAUGAUGACUGGACAGGUUCCAGGCUGUUUUGUUUUUGUCUGUCAAGUCUGGUGACACUGCAUGAAACCCCCUCAUAAAACGGGUAAGCUAAUUGUCAUUUAUUCAAUUUGGGUUUUGUAUAAAUUAUACAAACGAGAUAUAACAUGUUAAUUAGUGAGCUUCUGAGGUGCUGGUUCUGUAGGUGGACUUUGUUACCUAGGGACGGAGCCAGGCCACCAGUCUUUAUGAGACCUAAACCUUGAUGAGAUCACUAACCUCUUUCCCAAAAUGUCACACUUUUGCUUUGAGUUGGGAUAAAUGUGCCAGUGUGAUAUAGCAAAAAGAAAAUUUUAAGAAAUUCUGUUUUUCAUUGAAAGACAAGGAGCUGUAUAAAAUGUGUGUGUAUAUAUAUUUGCAUAGAAACAGUUAAUUUCUCGAGUGGUUAGACUGGCCCAGACUACUUCCUACUUUCUUGGAAGGAAAUGGAGCCAAAAGACAGAUUUGGUAAUGUUCUUUUUUUCUCUUAUUAUUUGAUUUAUUUUCUGCCACUCACCUGGAUGGACUCGCUGUAAUGCAACCUUAAUGUCUGACCUGUUAGAUCCAUUUAUUCUUGGGUUUUUAAUUUGUAAGCAUUUUUAAGGGUUUUUGAAAUGAUCUCUUCAGAUGCAGAUGGAUGUGAGGAGCAUACAGCUUUGUGAGUCCAUGAGUGGUGGCUCUUCUGUCUGUUCAUAUCUGUAUUUUUGUGUCUGAUAUCUGUAGUACCUGCAGGUGAUGAAUAAAUAAAAGUCUGUGUUACAGUUCA